AACAUAUAUAAAGGUUCCUGGCAAAUGAAUGCUGCUCCACACAUACGAGCAGCGAGUUGAUUAGAACGACAGUCUCAGCCGGCAGGCCGAGAAACAGACGAGUAUAACCUCUGUCUAAUAACUGCGCCGUCGCACCGAGGAUUACCGCCCGCGUUUGGAAUUAACAAUCCGCGGUUUGUGACCUCGCUGCUCUGAAACUUCGGGAUCGCAGACUAAAUGAGGGAUAUUUAAACCGCUGCAGCUUGAACAAAACGGAUGUCAGUGCAGCGGUCAGAGAUGGGAGAGGGUUUUGGACCACUCUCUCCUGUAGGAUGGUAGCCGACAGCACUGUGGAAGGCCACGACAAGACAUGCUUGUCUUCCUCUGCAUCAUCCUCAUCCUCCUCAUCGUCCUCCUCAUCAUCAUCAUCCUUAUCCUCGUCGUCAUCAUUAUCGUCCUCGCCCCCCAGGCACGAGCUUGCCUUCCUCCCCCACAACGAGCCGGGCGAACCUCAGCAACGGGACGCCCCAGACGCAGAGCCGGAGGCGGACCCGGCCGCCAGGCCGGUCGCCAUCCCGUAUUUUUCAACCCACUUCCCUCCCUUCCGCAGUCAGAGGGAUUUCAAUAUAAUCACAGAAACUGCUGCCACACUAGAGCGCAGUGGCUUCUACUGGGGCCCUUUAGGGGUGGAGGAGGCCCACUGCAUGCUGCGGGAGGCCCCGCUGGGCAGCUUCCUCAUCCGGGACAGCCGGCAGAAAGAUGUCUUCUUCACGCUGUCAUACCACGCCGAGAGCGGGCCGGUCAGUGUGCGCAUCGUCUACAAGCGGCAGAGGUUCGGCCUGGCGGGCAGCGAGCGCUCCUUCCAGACUCUCUUUGCCCUGCUGGAGCAUUACAUCGCUCAUCCAAAGAAGAGCCUGAGGUUCCCGCACAGGAAAUGGAAGCCCACACUGCAGGAACUGUGCAGGAAGCGCAUCAUGGAGGCAUGUGGCGGAGGGAGGCAGGUCCUAGAGCUGCCGCUAAACCGUGUUGUCCAGGACUUCCUCUUGGAGUUCCCAUACAAACUGUAACUUUGCAGUGUGCACUCACGCCAGUAUCAUUUUUAUUACUAUUGUUACUAUUAACACCAUGGGAUUUGCUAAGUCACUGUGUGUGGAGGCCUUUUAGUCACUGGCUGCAGGUGAAGGCUGCAUCACCAUGGUUACUGCUAAACCCAACUCACAGUUUUGAGUUGAAAUGCUGCAGAGUGACUCAUAUGGGACAUUACUACCCAAGUCUGGUACAGACCUUCUGCCAAGUGUUCUGGGUAGAGGCCAUUCUUGCCAUUUUGAUAUACAUUACCUCUAGAGGCUCAGCUUCCACUUGUAGAUGGACAGACUGUAGCUUGGUCGAAUGCAAGCCGGAAAAGUUGGAGAACGCUGCAUUAAGAGAAAACUACAAUGGCGCUGGACUUACGACAGACAUAGAAGAGGAGUUGCCGGGGUCAAAGUUGACUGGUGUAUCUUCAGCUGUUGGUCUAUGGUGGCUGCUGCUGGCCUAUAAAUGCCUACCUGUGGAUUGUAGAGGGCAAACCGCGGCGUCCACAUGGUCGACGUCCUUAACAAGACCCCGGUGGACUUGUAGAAGGGUUGAAGCGUGGUGGAGAGUGCGGUUGAAAGACGCUGUGGACGCACCAAUGGGAUUUGUAGGUUUUGUAGCAGACUUGAACACUCUAACAUGAAUGUUUACAUCGCACAUGAAUGUUUGCCGACGCUGAUGGCUCCAACACCACUUGGCCUCCUUCGACUGACUGAGCAGGCUUAUUGAUCGCUUUGGCCUUUUUCAGCUUUGCACAUUUGGAUCUUGGUUUUGAGGUCAAGCCGGUCCAGACAAAAUAUUGGAAGAGGAGCCAACACAGCCUUCCAUGAUUUGUUUUGCCUGACACACAAACAAAUCAUGUUCGGCUCUGUUAACAUCUGUUCCAUAUUGGAUGUUUUUGGGCUCAUCAGCUCUGGCGUUUUUCAGUUGUACUGUAUGUGGAGGCGAGUCGUCUCCUCUGUUCGAUUGUCCUCUGCCAAGCAGACACAACCUCACUAUUGUCCAUUAUUUGUACUAUUUUUUUUUAUAAUUAAUAUUAUUAUAUUUCAUUGGAAAUA